AUGACGGCCAUGGUCACGCGAAUGGGGAUGAAGUCGACGCACGAUCUGACUGCUGAGGUCGCGUCGUUUCCGGCGCCAGAGGUAUGCGACGCCUUGGUUGCCUACUUUCAACACAUUCGCCCUUUUAUUCCGGUCAUCUCUAUGCCCGAGUUUCUUGAAAGGUAUCGGACACCAGACCAACCGCUAUCUCUGCUGCUGUUACAGGCGGUGCUGAUGGCUGGAACGCACGCUUGUUCCCAUCCACUGGUCUCCAGUAACCGGUAUUCGGUCAAGAACAUUCUCUUUCGCCGGGCAAGCAUGUUAUUCCAUACCCACCAUGAGACGGAUCGUAUCCAUCUCAUGCAGGCUGCAGCUCUAUUCACCUGGCAUGUCGGUGAUGGUGACACGGUUGCGGGUGGGCCAUGGUACUGGUUUGGUAUCGCUGUGCGCAUCGGCUGCGGACUGGGCACACAUCAAUACAGCACAGGCUUGCUCGCCAAAGAGCGUGCCCCAAUAUUGGCGCUGCUGGUGGUCGGCCUUUGUCUGCGAAAAACCUUAGGGACUCUCAUACCACCGCCUGGUGCGGAUGUAGGUCUUGAUUUCCUUAAUCGCAUGGUUGAACUAGCCUACAUUGGACUUUAUGUAUUGGCCGCGAAUGCCCCGUCACUGGAAAGAUUGGUCGACAUCAGCUCCAUCAACGCCCGCCUAGGUCUGUGUUCACUCCAAUCCGGCAUUCUAUCCGUCACGGAGAAAGACUUCCCAUGGACUCACCACCCGCGAAUGCACUAUAACUUCAUUUUGCUCCAUCUACACCGCGACUUCGACGAUAUAUCUGGCAGCCAAACUGUCCGUUCUACCGUUGCACAGCUCGCCGCUCAGCAUGCGCUACAACAGUGCCCUUUCACCCGCGUUAGUGCUGUGACCGCGGCUGGUAUACAGCUUGCUGGCGAGAUUCGAACCGCCGUGGCUACCCGGACGUUCCUCAUCGCAAUCCCCGCUCUCGAGCGCCUGGCGACCCUGCUCCGAUGUACCUCGAUGUUGGCUCUGUACUGGCCUGCUGCCCACGCCGUCCACAGUAUUUUCAAAGAGGCUCACCAGGAGUACGAUAAAUACGUCACACAGAACCUGCAGGGCGAACAGGUUUCCAUGCCGGAGACCUUGACUGAUUGGAAUCGAUUGUUUGCUGGAUCUCAGAUGCUGCAGCAAGUGGGUACCGAUCAAGAAUAG